AUGCCGAACUGGGGCGGAGGAGCCAAGUGUGGGGCCUGUGAAAAGACCGUGUACCACGCUGAGGAAAUCCAGUGCAACGGAAGGAGCUUCCACAAGUCAUGCUUCCUCUGCAUGGCUUGCAGGAAGGCUCUGGACAGCACCACAGUGGCAGCUCACGAAUCUGAAAUCUACUGCAAAACCUGUUAUGGGAGGAAAUACGGCCCCAAAGGGGUUGGCUUUGGACAAGGGGCUGGAUGCCUCAGCACGGACACCGGGGAGCACCUGGGCCUGAACCUGCAGCAGGGGUCACCAAAGCCUGCUCGCCCCUCAACACCAACUAAUGCUUCAAAAUUUGCCAAAAAGAUGGUAGAUGUGGAUAAAUGUCCCCGUUGUGGCAAAUCAGUGUAUGCUGCAGAAAAGAUCAUGGGAGGAGGAAAACCUUGGCACAAGAGCUGCUUCCGCUGCGCCAUUUGUGGGAAGAGCCUGGAGUCCACCAACGUCACAGACAAGGAUGGAGAGCUCUACUGCAAAGUUUGCUAUGCAAAAAACUUCGGUCCCAAGGGAAUUGGGUUUGGUGGCCUCACCCAAGUGGAAAAGAAAGAGUGUGAAUGA